CACAGCACAGAUGGGUAAGAAUAGUUAUUGGCGGGUAAAUUACUAAAUUCCAUAUUAUAUAUUUUCAUUUUGCUUUCUGUUCUUGUGUGUUUACAUUUAUUACAUUAUCGAAAAUUCCUGCAAUAACUUACAUUUUUCUUUCCUAUAAUGGGUCUAUUGGAUUUGUGUAAUAAGUAUUUUAAUACGACUAAUCUUUACGAAAUACUUGGAAUUUCCGAAAAGUCUACAGAAAAAGAAGUAAAGAAAGCAUAUCACAAAUUAUCAUUGAAAGUACAUCCCGAUAGAGUGGAGGAAAAUGAGAAACUGGAAGCAACAGAGAAAUUUAAAGUUUUAGGCAGUAUUCAUGCUAUACUUACUGAUGAAAAUAAACGAGCAGUAUAUGAUGAAACCAAGAGUGUUGAUGAUGAUGACUACAAUGAAAUAGCUGAACGAGACUGGAUGGUGUAUUGGAGGUUAUUAUUCAAGAAGAUAACAUUAGAGGAUAUCAAAGCUUAUGAGAAAGAAUAUGCUGGUUCACAACAAGAACGAGAAGAUCUUAAACAAGCUUACAUGACAGGAAAGGGCAACAUGGAUUAUAUAGUAGACCAUGUUCAGUUUGCACGAACAGAAAAUGAGCCUCGUAUCAGAGAAGUUCUGAAUGAAAUGAUAGAGAAAGGUGAAAUUCCAUCAUAUAGAGCUUUUACACAUGAGCCUGCAAAGAAACGUCAAAGAAGAAUUGCCAAGGAAAAUCGUGAAGCUAAAGAAGCAGAAGAUGAGAAAAAUAAGAUAGGAAUUGGAUCUGAACCAAACAGUUUGGAACUUAUGAUAAGGCAAAAACAGGAAGUUCGAGGACAACAAGUUGAUUCAUUUUUUGAAAAUUUAGCAGCCAAAUAUGGUAAUAAAAAAACCAAGACAACUAAAAGAAAAGCAGCAACUAAAACUGGGACAGAGUCUAAAACAAAACGAAAAAAGUGAAUUUAAUUUAUAUUAAAAACAAAUACAGCUCAAUUUAUUUAUUAAAAAGCACCAAUGAAGCCCAGUGUAUCUAGAGCUACUAACAACAGAGUUUGAUCACUAGAAUCAAAAGAGUCAAAUAGUAAAUCCAAUAGAG